UGAAUGUGUCAUUCAAUGUGUCAAUCAUUUUGAUGAACAUAACUUGCAGAAACUUGCAGAUUUGAUCAUGUGCCUAUUUUAUCAUCGGACAAAAAGUGAAUAUGGAGAGCGGAAGAGCACCUGCAUAAAGUAUUUAACUCGAUCAGCCCUUUAGACCACACCCACCAGUUUCCUGUUUCACAGAUUUCAGAUAAUGUACCCUAUAUGAUCUCCUCACACUUGCAUUAUCAACACAGAACCAUUUCUCUGGAAACCAACAAACAGUGAACAAAUUUUUAUUUUACUUUUACAGAAAUCUUGUAUAGAAAACUAUCAAAAGAAUUUACUUAUUUUUGGCAUCAGGAGCAUUGAACAUGAUGCAAGCACUGGAGAACUGCACCACAGAGAAUCCCACAGUGUACCUUUUCUUCUCCUCCUUCAUCGCUGUGGUGUUCAUUCUGGCUCUGCCUUUGAACCUAACCAUCCUGUAUACUUUCGUUUUCAAAUUUAGAUUUUGGAGAGACAACAUCUUGAUCUUAAACCUGGUCUUGGCCGACUUACUAUUACUGAUCACCUUGCCAAUGAAAAUAUACAAUUUCAGCCAUAAUCUGAGAAGGAGCGAGGAUGACGCAACAUGCAAAACUAUGCUCUUCAUGCUGUUCCUAAACCGAGGUGCCAGCAUCGUCUUCCUGACGGUCAUCUCUAUCGACCGCUACUUCCUUGUGGUCCAGAAGAAAAACCUCCUCAAGGUGAUGAAAAAGACCCCUCUCAUUUCUGUCCUAAUCUGGGUGCUGCUGCUCCCGUUGACCGUGCCCACCACGCUAAGGACCUUCGAGUGCUGCAACAGCUACGGCCGCGAGAAGGACAAUUUCACCGACACCCUGAGGGAGAUUGUGUUUUUCACCCAGAUUCUCAUCCCUUUCGCCAUCCUGGUCUUCUGUACAGUGCAGGUCGUGCGGAGGCUAAAAAGGAAGACAGUGGGGAACAAGACAAAGCUUCGCAGAGCGGUGUUUCUGGUCACCUCCGUUGUGCUUGUUUUUUCUGUCUGUUUCCUUCCCUGCACCAUAUCGAGAAUGGUCCUGCUGAUUGCGAGAGUCAACGAACUGCACAAUGAAGAAAGAAUUGCGGUUCAGGUCUUUGAUGGUUUCACAUGUUUCUCCUACAUGGACUGCUUGCUGGAUCCACUAGUGUAUUGCUUCUGCAGCACCAAGUUCAAAAAUGCAUACAUAUUGAACAUGACAAACUGUGCAUUUCUUCUGAAAAGGAAGAAGCCCAAAGAUAUGAGCCAAGAACCAACAAUUUGCACACUGAACCAGGCAACUACAAGUUAG